GCUUGUGUCUUGUUACUUAACAGUAAUUGUAAUUAUACGUAGAUAAACUAAGUGUUUAUUGAUAAUUUCUCGUGUGACGAAAUAACACAGCCACUCUUGUUAUGACAAUAGUUACCACUGGGUUACCACAUAUUAUUUUACUGUUGUUAGCCCUUAGCUAGUUUAGACAAGCUUGCUAGCUAUCUACCGUACACGUUAAACAGUGUAACGUUGGUGAGAGUACUGUUUAGAAAAGAUAGGGCGAAUUCAGACAGAGGGUUUCCUCUGCGUGUUACUGAAGAAACGUCGACUGGUGUCUGAUCAACUCGCAACGUGGUUGGUAAUUUUUUCACCUGCGCCGCUUUAGACCUCCCUGGAACAUUCGCUCCGCACAACCACAAGAAAGGACUUUGUUUUUGUUCCCCAGUUUGUGUUAUGGAGGAAGACCAGGCCUGCACCGCCGAGAUGGAGGACAAACCCAGUCUGCUGCUCUCCUUCCACACUGAGAUCAAACAAGAGCCACUGGAAUCUGACUGUGACAGUGGAGCUCAGUGUUCAUUGGGGGAUUCAGAGAUGACCUCAGUGAAGCAGGAAGACUGCAGUCAAACACUGGGACUGAAUGUUAUCAUUAAAGAUGAGGAGGAGGAGGAGGAGAUUGGGGAUUUAAUUAAACAAGAUGGGUUUCCCGAAAUGAAAAAAUGUUCUUCAUUUGGAAGAAAACAACACAAAGACUACAAAGGCAAGAAGUCUUACCACUGCUCCCAUUGUGAAAAAUGUUUCCUAUCUAUAUCAGGGUUAAAACGUCAUUUUAUCAUACAUACUGGAGAGAAGCCUUACUCCUGUACCAACUGUGGAAUAAAUUUCUCUCAGUUAAGCAGCCUUAAAGUUCACCAACGCAUACAUACUGGAGAGAAGCCUUACUCAUGUUCUGACUGUGGGAGGAGUUUCUCUCAGAAAAUUAACCUUACAACUCACCAGCGCAUACAUACUGGAAAGAAGCCACACUCCUGUUCCAACUGUGGGAAGAGUUUCUCUCGCAUAAGUACCCUUAAAAAUCACCAGCAAAUACAUACCGGAGAGAAGCCUUACUCCUGUUCUGAUUGUGGGAAGAGUUUCUCUCACAAAAGUCAUGUUACAACUCACAAGCGCAUACAUACUGGAGAAAAGCGUUACUCCUGUUCUGAUUGUGGAAAGAAUUUCUCUCGCUUAAGUUCCCUUAAAAAUCACCAGCGCAUACAUACUGGAGAGAGGCCUUAUUCUUGCACUGAAUGUAGGAAGAGUUUCUCUCAGAUGAGUCAUCUUACAACUCACAAGCGCAUACAUACUGGAGAGAAGCCUUAUUCCUGUUCUGACUGUGGAAAGAGUUUCAAUAAAUCAGAUGCACUUGCUCUCCAUCAGAGAGUGCACACAGGAGAGAAGCCUUACUCCUGUACAGUGUGUGGAAAGAGUUUCACUUCAGCAGGUGAUCUUGUACAUCAGAGGGUGCACACAGGAGAGAAUCCUUACAGCUGUUCUGACUGUGGUAAGUUUAAUUUAAUCAUCGGUAGUUAGUGCUCAUCAGAGAGUGCACCCUGGUGAGAAGCAGGAGUGUAACGGUACAAGAAGUUUGGUUCGGGACGCGUUGUGAUCCAAAAGAAUAUAGUCUAGUUGUAACCACGCAUUUUACUUUUUUGAGUGUGGAACUGUACUGAAAUCGUACCGCACUGUGAUUAAAAAUAUUCGGUAUUUACCGAACUAUGACUUUUGCGUACCGUUACACCCCAUGUGAGAAGCCUUUUUCCUGUUCUGACUGUGGGAAGAGUUUCAAUAGAUAAGAUGCACUUGCUCUACAUCAGACAGUGUACACAGGAGAGAAGCCUUACUCCUGUUCUGACUAUGGAAAGAAUUUCUCUUCAAUAAGUAACAUUAAAAUUCACCAGCUAAUAUAUACUGGAGAGGAGUUUGGAAAAUGUAUACAUUUCUCAAUGUGUCCACUGGUCCUUAAACUAAUUUCAGACAUUUUAUCUAAAUAAAAGGACAAAGUCUUAAAUUCUAUUAUUUAAAUACUUUUUAAGACCUUUAAAAAUAUUACGUUCUAAUAGCAUUUUGAAGAGGUGACGCAAAAAUGUGUCGUUUGUGAACUCAUUUUGCUCUGGUCGCAUGCAGAGAGAAACCAUGAUUUUAUUUAGAAUGUUAAAUGUCAGCAAGACGCUUUACUUUAUAUGCAUUCAUGUUUUACGUGUAUUAAUGCACUUGUCGACCCUUGCCUCUUGAAUAUAACAGCAGAAAAGUAGAUUUCCGCCUACAAGGUCAUACCUGAAGUAGGGGUCCACGAAUGAUCAGC